UUUUUUCCAUUUCUAAAAUACCCGAAGGCCAGACACUAUACAGCGACCAUUUAACCUCUUCUACGGCAAACCGUAUAGUAUGUAGUCUGUGCGGCAAACUUAACCUACAAAUGUUUUGAAAACUUUGUGAAAAUGUCGCAUGUGAGAAAGACAAUAAUAUCUAACGCAGAAAAGCUAUUUCUGGUUAAAAAUUUAACAGAAUGGAAGAGACUAGAUGGAAGGGCUUUUGAUGAGUUUCGGGACCUAGAAAUCCAAUUUGGCAAAGAUUGGGGCUCUUGCUUCGUCAGUUUGGGAAAAACAAAAGUAUUAGCACAAGUAUCUUGUGAGCUUCAACUGCCCAAAGCCUCCAGGCCUAGUGAAGGCAUCCUGAGUAUCAAUCUUGAAUUAAAUACCAUGGGGGACCCGAAUUUUCAAGUCGGAAGACAAUCUGAAUUGAACUCCCAACUAAAUAGAUUAUUAGAGAAAUGCAUCUACGAUUCGAAGGCAGUUGAUUUGGAGAGUUUGUGCGUGAAAAUGAACGAAAGGGUGUGGUCAAUCAGAGUAGAUGUAAAUCUUCUCAACCAUGAAGGAAACAUUCUAGAUUGCGCUUCGAUAGCAGCAUUAGCGGCUUUGGCGCAUUUCAGAAGACCUGACGUGUCAUGUGAUGGAAUGGAGUUUAAAAUUCACAGCAUUAAAGAAAGAGAUCCAAUACCAACUGUAAUACAUCACUAUCCAGUGUGUAUAUCAUAUGCCAUAUUUUCUGGAGGAAAAUUCAUUGUGGCUGAUCCCACUUUAUUAGAGGAGAGAGUAGCUGAAGCAUUUUUGAGUGUUGGACUCAAUGCCUAUAAAGAACUAUGCGGGCUUCAUUUAGGUGGAAAAGCUGAGCUAUCCACCGACAUAAUCUUGGAGACCACAAAUAAGGCGUCGAAAAGAGCUGGAUGUGUAGUCGAAAUAAUUAAAGCAGCUGUAGAAAAAGACACGAACGACAAAUUAGCAAUGAAAGACACCGGAUUCCAUGUACUUGAAUCAAAAGAGCUAAAAGAAGAACCACUUGCAGCUUUGAGUGUGUGUUUAGAUCAUUGGAAGACUGCAAAACUCAAAAAGAAGAAACAAAAAAAAGUGAAAGAGGAAAAUGUUGACUCUAUUGAGAUGGAAACCGAUGAAAAGGGGUCAAUAAAAAAUCCUGACGUUAUAAUGAAAAUAGACGGCGGAACUGCCGAGUUAAUACCAAAUAACGAUGCAUCUAAUUGGAUUGUGGUUGAAAGCGAUGAAGAUCAACCUCCAAAUGAUGAUGUUCACAUCGCUACACAAAAAGUUGCAACCGUGAACCUGGAAAAUUCAGACAGCGAAGACGAAGAAAAGCUAGAAGUGCUCUUCCCUGAGCAGCAGAAGAAGUCAACAAAACGAUUAUCAAAGAAAAUAAAAGGUUCAACGUGACACUGAUUUUAUUUAGUUGCAAAACCACAUUUUUAUUACUAAUUCUAUAAAUUAUAAAAAUAAUUUUAUUUGAAUUGCAUCCAUUUAUAGUUCUUAAAUUAAAGCUACGACAUUACAAUAAUUAGAUUCUAGACUGUUUUAUUUUAGCAUUUUGAUGCAUCAUGUUUUGCAUAAGAAAAUCAUAUCAGAGUGUAAAAUAGAAGAUAAUAUUUUCUAAAAAUGUACCACAAAAACAUUUUCUACAACUUCAAAAAAAUUUCUGUCAUGAACAAUAGGUGCUCGUACAAUUUGCACUUUCAAGAAAAAAAGCUUUAUUCUAAAACUUAUUACAAACAUUAAAUAUCCAUCUCUAGGUUGUGUCGCUAUUGUUUAAACCAUUCUUCUGAUCCAGCUUAUUGCCGUUUGUUUUGACCGUGUAGAUAAAGAAGGUGACCACAUCGGUUUCCUUGACCGGUAUGGUUUUAAAGUGUUUCAUAAGAUUCUAUUGGAAAAAAUUGUUUCGGUAUAGCUUAACUUAAUCAAAAUUGAAAUAUCUAUUUGCAUUGUGAUUUUUCUUUUAUGAUUGUAUUGUUAAAUAAAACCCAAAUAGAUAAAAAGUUUCAAUCAAAUAAAAAAUAGAUUUAUUAGAUAUUGUAAAAAACGAAUUAAUAAAUGGUUAUUUACUUACAUCGGCAA